AUGAGAUGUGGUAAGAAAAAAGUUUGGCUUGAUCCUAACGAAGUCAAUGAAAUUGCAAAUACAAAUUCUAGACAAAACAUCAGAAAAUUAAUUAAGGAUGGUUUGAUUAUAAAAAAACCUGUCGCUGUUCACUCUAGAGCAAGAGUAAGACAGUUUACCGAAGCUAGGAGGAAAGGAAGACAUUGUGGUUUUGGUAAAAGAAAAGGUACAGCUAAUGCCAGAACUCCUAGAAAGACUCUUUGGAUGAACAGAAUGAGAGUACUUCGUCGCCUUUUGAAAAAAUAUCGUGAAGCAAAAAAAAUUGAUAGACAUCUCUACCAUCAAUUAUAUAUGAAAGCCAAGGGUAACGUUUUCAAGAAUAAAAGAGUUUUAAUGGAGUUUAUUCAUAAGAAAAAAGCAGAAAAAGCUAGGAGUAAAAUGCUUAGCGACCAAGCAGAAGCUCGAAGAAACAAAGUCAAGCAAGCAAAGAAACGACGUGAAGAGAGAAUUUUACAAAAGAAGCAAGAACAAUUACUUCUUUUCCAAAAGGAAGAUGAAUUAGCUGCUGCAAAAUCUAAAUAA